AGAGAGAGAGAAACGGGGGGAGGAGACAGCGAGUAAUUUCAGACUAGGAAGGAGUGGAGGAAGGAGAAAAAAAGUCGGUGUGAAAGAGAGAAUGGGAAACUGACUGAUAUACUGCGAAUGGCGAGCCUCGGGAGAGCAGAUGACAAACUAACACAAGGAUAAAAUGUUGCGAAAAUCAUCAACUGGGCACAAGAGCGCGCGUCUGUGACAGAGAGACGCGGAGUGCUGCUUCUGCGCGGUGUUGGGAUUGUACCGAUCGCUCCCGGGACAGAAGGGAAAGCGCUGUUUCGGAACUCCGUUGCACCCCGUCCCGUCACGUCCCGCCAGUGGAAGUACUGAGCCUCUGUCCCAAACUCAGUGCUGUCGGUCGGAGGGUUUGGAGGAUCGUGUGAAGAGGCCAGAAAAAACACAGCGGGAACAACAAGAGCGCUGAACAUUGGACAAAAGUUUGGCCUUUUGGAGACGGGGGUGCGGGAGAGGCCGAGUCUCGCGCUGCUGAACUGACAACUUCACCCAGCUUGAUUUCACCAUGAAAACCCCGGGGGACACGGGGUUUCCGUUCCCAGACUGGGCCUAUAAGCCCGAGUCCAGUCCUGGCUCCAGACAGAUCCAGCUGUGGCACUUUAUCCUAGAGCUGCUGAGGAAGGAGGAGUAUCAUGAUGUGAUUGCCUGGCAGGGAGAUUAUGGGGAGUUUGUGAUCAAAGACCCUGAUGAGGUGGCCAGGCUGUGGGGCGCCCGCAAGUGCAAACCUCAGAUGAACUACGACAAACUCAGCAGAGCUCUCAGGUAUUAUUACAACAAGAGGAUUCUACAUAAAACUAAAGGAAAACGCUUCACCUACAAGUUUAAUUUCAACAAGCUGGUCCUGGUCAACUACCCUUUCAUUGAUAUGGGGUCUGCAGGAGCGGCUGUUCCUCAAAGUGCUCCACCAGUGCCUACAGGUCCCCAUUUCCGUUUCCCUCCAUCCACUCCUUCAGACUUGCAGGUGUCUGAGGUGCUGCGGUCCCCCAGCAGCGAGGAACUGCGCAGUCCGGGGAUGUUCAGCGGCCGCCGCAUCGCACGUGGCUCUGUCUCUGACUGCAGCGAUGGAACUUCUGUCAACUCUGAGAUCGAAGAUGGGAACGGAGGUGCGGCGGAGGAGAGAGUCACUGAACGAGUGGCUGAGAGAGGUGGAGGCGGCGGUUUCCGAGGUGCUGUUCAUCCUCGUCUGUCUCACGAGGCUAUGUUCAGGAUGUACGGUGGACCGGGUGGUCACAGAGGUCAUCGAGUGUCAGAGGUCGGCGGACACAGGGUUCAUCCCGAGCCUCUCUCGCCAUUCACCAUCUCGCCUCUGCCGGGUCCGGGAGGUCCAGGCCUGUUGGCACCACCUCUCUCGCCGGCACUCUCCAUGACCCCAGGCUCUCACCUGGCCUACACUCCUUCCCCUUCCCUGUCGCCCAUGCCUGGCUCCAUCUUCUCCUUCAACCCAGAGGACAUGCAGCGCUACCUGCAGGCUCACACCCAGAGCGUCUACAAUUACCACCUGAGCCCUCGUGCCUUCUUUCAUUACCCAAACAUCAUCGUUCCUCAGCCUCAGCGCCCCGACAAAGGCAUGCCCGGACCCCAGGGUUGUGAUCGUGGUCCUGCCGAGAGGCCUUCGGUGCUCAACAGCCAUCACUCCAGCCACCCACCACCUCACGCUCACCCUGUUCACCAUCACCUGGGGGAGGAACAGCACCAUUCUCCAUUCAAGUUCAAGCUCCAGCCUCCCCCAUUGGGCCGAAAACACCGCGACAGUCAGGGUCGACAGGGCUCGCUGUCCUCCACAUCUACAUCUGGCCUGGGUUCCUCUUUGUCAUUUGGGAGUGAUCUCAGUUCAGCCAGCGGAUCAGGACUGGUGUCCAACUCCUCCUCAACUGGCUCGCUGAACAGCGCCGGGUUGCCCAAGAUUAAGGUUGAGCCCAUAUCUGACAUUGAAUCAGAGGAGGAAGUCGAAGUGACGGACAUCAGUGAUGAAGAAGCUGAUGAAGAGUUUGAUGUUUUCCCCUCUCACUACCAUAAACACCGUCAUCACCGUCACCAUAAUCAUUAUCCACACGGCCAAAAGCACCAACAGCCCAACGGCACUGAUGCCGCUCUCCACACAGAUGAGGACUUGGAGGAAGAGGUGUUCAAAGCCCCGGCCCCUCCACCCUUCUUCAUCCCUCCCACCUCAUCCUCAUGCGAUGGUCGCCGUGGUAACUCCGUCGUGAAGAGUGAACCCGUGGAGCCGGCGGACAUGCAGCUGACCUCCGGCGGGCUGCCGCAAACCAGCUCCCAGUGCAUCCCACUGAAGCUCCGGUUCAAACGGCGCUGGGAUCAGGACCAGCACAUGGAAGAGGCGGAGGACAAGAAAGUGAGAGGAGAAGAGAGGAACGGGAUGGCGGAGGAGAGUGGAAGUGGGAGCGGAGAAGCAGAGAGCCCACCUCCUCUCGCUCAUCACAGAGUUAGUACCGAGCUCCACCGAGCCACGGCACAGCUGUCACUGGAGAACAAGGAGUGCUGAUAUGCAUCGACACACCUAGACGACUGCUGAUAUACAACUCUACAACUGCUGAUGGACCCACACUCACACCUGACUCUUUAGAUCAAUGACUGCUGAUACUCACAACAGUAAUACUGACACACACACUGCACACUUAGACUAACUGACCCUUGCUUAAUCGAAUCCCGUUCCCCAGGCUGCCCUCGUUCCCCGGCCGCCCUCAGCUUCAGACGAGGGGCUCUCCAGCACAUGUUCUAGUACAUCUCAAUGUGACCGUAAUGAAGAAUGAGUUCACCCACGUGCCCCAGCGACCCUCAGGAGUCAUGAACUUUGACCUUUGGCACUAGAGAAUAUUUUAUAUUUUUAGAAGAGAAUUUAAUUUUGCAAAGUGCCUGUGAGCUGUCCCUCAAAAUCCCACAAAGAGAGCUAGAGAUGGGUGUCAGAAAGACUUGAUCUUCUUCUCCAGCAGCCCAGCAUUAUUGUCCUCAGCAACAGACUGUGAUCAGUCUCCAUUUGAUGUGGUGGGAUACAAAUGCACAGAAAGUCACAAACAGACUCUGUUCUAAAACCAGCCUGGUCAGAAGUCCGAACCCUCAGGGACACAAUCCCUCAACACACACACACACACACUCAGACGUGACCCCUUUCUUAUUCCUUGUAUGAAGUGUCUGAUUCGACUUUGACUGUGUGUGUUUCGGAAAUCUAGCUGUGUGUAAGUUCUCAGGAAAUCUCUCUCCUUUCCUUUUCUAUCCAAACCAGCUCUCCUUAAAACUCUCACACUCUCUUCCGUUCUCUUUCUUUCCUCUGGGACCAUACCUGAAUCACUUUCAUUCCGUUGGGGAUGAAGUGACUCGGGCAUAACAUGCGGUUCUGAGACCAUGAUCCUAAAUCUCUUAAAUGGCUAGUUCCUUAGUUGGUUAGUCUUUGAAACGACAGUCUGAAGGUAAUACACAUUAGGGAGUUUAUAACAAGCUUCCCUUGUAUAGACAGUCCUUUAAAUGUGAACUAAACCAGCAUCCCAUACACACACACACACACACAUAAACACACAAGCUUGUACAGUGAUACUAGACCAUCUGGGGGUCAAAUUUGAACUAUUUUGGCGCUUGAUGUACCCUAGUGCUGAUUCUUUGUCCUGAUUAACUGUCCACAGUCCUUCAGCCACACAGAACAGCCGUGGACCUCUAUGAGAUCUUACUAUGGACUUGGGCAGGUGAAAUAGCAGUUUCAAUCCAUAAUCCCUAACAUUUAAAUACUAAUUUAAGAAUAGAAAGACAGCAAAAGGCAUGUGGCCAGAAGUCGCUCUCUUGCGCGCACACACACACACAUACACACACUCAACCUCUUAUGCCUUGUUUUAAUAGCAUGUCUGACAAGGAAAAACAAAAUCUUUACAAAAGAACAGUAUACACUCAAUAUACCUUUAUAUAUUAUGUGUCACAUACUAUAAACGGAAAGCAUAGCAUUAACAGAUAUAUCAAUUUCAGGGGGGUUUGUAACAGAUUUCAUUUUGAGGGGAAGGUUGACUCUUCUCCUCAGGGUUAACGUUGCUGUUUGGGUAAGGGAGGAAAAUUUAGCUUUUCUAGUCAUGGUAAUAAAAGGUAGGGUAGAGGAGCAAAAGACUUAAUUGUACAUAAGACUCUAACAAAGCAUGAGAGCUUUGCACCACAGAUGAUGUGGCACAUUCGGUUCUUCAACCAGCACGCACCUCUUCAACAUCCUGUUAUUACUGCCUCAACUGAUGUGUGUGUGUGUGUGUGUGUGUGUGUGUUUGAGAGAGGCUGCAGGUCUCUGUAUGUCACACCACACCCAAGGCUAUAAUUAUUUUGAAAUUUUGCAUCAUGAACCUCAUAAACCUGUGUGCACUAAAGCCCUGUGGAAGUUGAGCAAAGGACUUGAGACAUCAACAGGGUGGCCAGUCGGACACUAGCCAUGAAAUAAUGGUUUUACAGUGACAGGAAGGAGUUAUAUCAUGGCUUAAGUGCCCCUAAUACCUAAGAUAAUACAUCAAACAAAACUGACUUGGCAACGGGUUACCUCCUCAAAGUUUUGGACUCUUUCUAGCUGCCUUAUUCCCAGUAUAAUCAGAUUGGAUUAUGUUUAAGAUCUCCUCUUGCUUUCUUAAUCGAUUCGCCAAGUCUUUAACUAGGAUGCACUUGGUUUUACGCCCGGCAUACCUCAAAACUGAAAAAUUAAAUUGAGAUGGGGUGAGCAGUAUUGACCAGUGCAGUCUUGUAAACUUUUAAUUGGGCACAAAGUGUGUGCAUUGUUUCUCUUUAGGAGGGAAGUUAUUUGUUUUCUCUUAGGCUGCUCUCAUCGGUUAUCCCAGGAUGUCACUUUUUCAAGUCGAAUGAUGUUUUGUUUUUCACCUGAACUGCUCUCUGAUCUCAAUGUUGCUGUUCAUCCUAAUUAUUAUUAGUUAUCAUUAUUUUGUUGACAUGUUCUCCUCAUAUUGUCGUCAUGAUAACAUUGUUUCCCCCAGCCCUGCCUUCCCACGAGCAACCCGACUGUGUUUAGUGUAAGAUUUAAACUUUUGUAAAUUAACGUAAAACUGUAACUUUAAUAUGGGUGGUUAUUGUGGAGAGAUAUAGGAUGGAGGAAGGGCAUUCCGGGGACGACCAGGUUUAUGAUUUGAACUCAAGUCAUGUCAUGUAAUUGUUAUUUUGUAGUGUUACUGAUUUCUUGCUUUUGUACAUUUUUUUUUUUCAUCGGGGGAUUGUAUGAUUUUAAAAGAUAUAUUGUGUAUUGUUUUAUUGUGUAAAAGUCUCGAUCUCUCACUUUCUUUCUCAAAAUGUAUUUCUGUGGUUUCAUAAUUCAUAAUAUCAGGUUUUUAAUACCAUGAUGUAACAUUUAAAUUCCUCCUUUAUUCGUUUUUUUGUGUUCUUUUUCAGAAUUGUAAUUAAAAUGUAAUCAGGGUCAAUUAAACUGGUUAAAAGCCAUCUGGUUUCUGCAACCUUUUUCCAUCUGUUUCAGUUUUGUGGAAGCUCUUACAUGUGUUGGUUUUUUUGCAAUGACUACGCUUUGAUGAGGGGCAAUCCAAUAAAUAAAUAGAUAUGAUUCCAAGCAAAGAAA